UUUCGCGCACGCGCAGUUCGCUUCCAUAGCAACUGGACGACAUUCUUCUUCUUUGCGAGCUAUGGCCAGUUCUGACUUCGCCUCAGAUAGAAUUGAUCCGUUGAAGUAUCGGAAUGAGGUUUCUAACCCUACUUCUACACUAGUGUCAGAAUCUGCUGGAGAACAACAGUGUUCCGGUGGCCUUCUGUUGCCGUCUAUAGGAGGAAAGAGAGAUGUUGUGGACCGAAAUGAGGACUCUGGACUGCUGGCUGCUGUGGCUGCCCUUAGAGAGCAGAGUGACUGCUUGCCCGCUGAGAUACUAGAUGCUUUGAGAAAGACGUCGAAACGUCCACUUCAAUAUCAGCGGAAAACGACGGUGCCUUGUCCACCCCCCAGCAACUUGUGGAAUUUUCCUCAUAGAAGAACAAAACUGAGGCAUUUGACUGACAAUCCACCUUGUGUGGCUGGUGCUGGCAAGGAUAUAUCGUUUCUCCAUGAUGUCCAUGAUGGACAAUUUGAAUCACAGGUACAUAACAUAAAAGCUUUUGGGAUUGUGCUCUAGUUUUAGGCCGUGUUUA